AGCCCACUAGCGCACUACAUUCAAAGCCCAUAUCUUACUACCCGAGAACCUACUACAAAUCGCACACAUCAGAAUUUUAGGGUUUUCUCCACACAGCAGACGAUAAGAGUUCCAGAGACAUCAGACCUUCGCCGCCGUCUCUUCCCUCUCUUCGUCGUCAGCUCAUCCGAACCCAUGAUAAUUUCAGAGAAGAACCGUCGCGAGAUCUCCAAGUACCUCUUUCAAGAGGGAGUUUGCUAUGCAAAGAAGGACUAUAACUUGGCGAAGCAUCCCGAUAUCGAUGUGCCGAACCUGCAGGUGAUUAAGCUGAUGCAGAGCUUUAAGUCGAAGGAGUAUGUGAGAGAAACUUUUGCUUGGAUGCAUUACUACUGGUACCUUACCAAUGACGGUAUCGAGUUUUUGAGGAACUACCUCAAUCUUCCUUCUGAGAUUGUCCCUGCAACUUUGAAGAAGCAGGCCAAGCCGGCUGGCCGCCCAAUGGGCCCCUCUGGUGACCGCCCACGUGGCCCAUCUCGCUUUGAUGGAGAGCGUAGAUUCGGUGGUGACAGGGAUGGGUACCGUGGAGGACCCCGUGCGCCUGGGGGUGACUUUGGCGAUAAGGGUGGAGCUCCUGCUGAUUACAGGCCUGCUUUUGGGGGUCCUGGUGGAAGGCCAGGCUUCGGUCGUGGAGCUGGUGGUUUCGGUGCAGGCCCGGCUAGCGGCUCUAACCUUUCUUAAGGGAGCUGUUUCUUGAUCAGUGCUCGGUUUCCUGAGGCUGGAUUUUGAGAACAAGAUGACAUUCUGUUUACUUUGUUCUUCUCGGUCUUUGAAUCGGUUACAUUUGAAAUAGUCGCGGGAUUGUAUUAGAUGUUUACUUUGUUCUUCUCGGUCUUUGAAUCUCACUCUGCAAAAUUGUUUCUUUUGCUCACCUAUCUAUAUAAAUCUUGGAUCAAUUUCUCUAUGAAUGAUUUAUAAUUAUUUGCU